AAUGUAGAGUUGAAAGUUCAGAGUUCAUUUUUUCAGCUGUUGUUUACAUCGAUCUACCUUGGUGCUUAAAUGUAAGUUUGUCUCUGUAACAUUACGUAUGAAAUGCUCGUUGCUGGCUGGAGAAGCUUUUGUACCCAGGAAUAACUGAUUCUUAUUGCAGCCUAGUGUUCACAGAUAUAGAAACCGGUUUGUCCAGGUCUUGAGUUUUGCAGCAGUUCGGACAAUCACCUCAGUGGCCUAAGGUCGACCUGUGAGUUGUGAGUCACUCGUGACUGUUCGUCCAUGCGUCUGCAACUUUUCCAGAGGAAAGUUAGCUACCGAUACGACUAAAAUGAGGAUCGUCUCGGCUUUGGUGAACGUGUCGUGGUUGGCCGAAAGACUGUCCAGUCCUGCCCUGUCGCCCCUCCCCAUCCGGGUGCUGGACGGUUCCUAUUACCUACCGAAACACAACCGCGACCAACGGGCGGAGUACAGACAAAAACACAUCCCAGGAGCGCUCUUCUUUGACAUACAGGAAUGUUCGGACAAGUCCAGUCAGUACAGAAACAUGCUGCCCCCGGCACAACAGUUCGAGUCGUACGUGGGAGACCUGGGCGUGGAUAACAACACGCACGUGGUGGUGUAUGACGGCAUGGACAGGGGUCUGUUCUCCGCCGCCAGGGUCUGGUGGAUGUUCCGGGUCUUCGGACAUCCCAAGGUGUCCGUACUGAACGGAGGGCUGGUCAAGUGGUGCGAGUUGGGCCAUCCUGUCACUGAAGAGAUUCCACAGGUUGAGAAAGCCAAGUUCAGUGCCACGUACAACCCCUCCUUGGUACGAGACUUCGACUUCGUGGAAAAGAACCUCACACAGAAGUCUGUUCAGAUGGUAGAUUCUCGGUCAGCCAAUGUUUUUAACGGAGAGGCAGAUCCUUCCUCAAAGCCAGAUGUAGGCCACAUGCCAGGUGCCAUUAACGUUCCCCUGGGAAGAAUCGUAGACUACGAGACCAAGAUCGUGAAGUCCCCCGAGAAGCUGCAGGAGAUGUUCACGGCGUCAGGUGUGGACCUUGCCCGCCCGCUGGUGGCGACGUGCGGCUCGGGUGUGACGGCGUGCGGGGUCGCGCUGGCGGCGCACCUGUGUGGAAAGGAGGACGUCCCCGUGUAUGACGGCUCCUGGAGCGAGUGGUCCAAGAGGGCUCCGCCGGAAAAUAUAAUCUGUGGGACGCACGAAAAACAGGGAUAGUCACAGAUGUACUAUAUACGGUACAGACGUGAUAGAGCAAUACUUGGACUCAUCUCACUCAAAAACAUCUCAGUAGAGCAAGUUUUAUCGGUCAUUUAUAUAUGUCGCUGAGGACCAGGUCAUUUCCGUCGUAAUUACAAAUUGAGAGUGAUCUUGGCCAUGGGUAUAGUCGUACAUGUAUACAAAAUUCAUGUAUCUUCUCAGGUUAAAGGCUAUCUUAGGUCCUUGUCCGUGGUUGAUUCUGUCACAGCCUGUUUGAAAACCGCACGACAUUCAAAUCGUACGGAAGCCGACGACGAAUAUGGCAGCGACAUAACCAGUCGUUCGGACAUUACCAUUAUUGACUUUUUCAAUCCCGUGGUUUUUGUAUAUCAAAGAAAAAUUUGGAAAGGAUCAGACUUUAAUCGCUUUGAUUUUCCGUGUUAUAGUUAUAAAAAAAAAUUAAAGAUUUAUUGGCUGUCAUGAA